AUGGAUCCAGUUGUGGCCUUGGUGAUCAGUCUCUCCUGCAUUCUUCUCCUUUCACUAUGGAGACAGAGAUCUGGGAGAGGGAGACUCCCACCAGGACCCAUGCCUCUCCCAAUUCUUGGGAAUAUCCUGCAGAUAGAUGCUAAAAACAUCAGCAAAUCCUUAACUAAAUUGUCAAAAGCCUAUGGCCCUGUGUUCACUGUGUAUUUGGGUACGAGGCCCACUGUGGUGUUGCAUGGCUAUGAAGCUGUGAAGGAAGCCCUGAUUGAUCAUGGGGAAGUAUUUUCUGGAAGAGGCAGUUUCCCUGUGGUUGAGAGAGUUACUGAAGGACUUGGAAUCCUUUUAACUUCUGGAAACAGAUGGAAAGUGAUGAGGCGCUUCUCAGUCAUGACUCUGAGGAAUUUUGGGAUGGGGAAGAGGAGCAUUGAAGACCGAGUUCAAGAGGAAGCCCGCUGCCUUGUGGAGGAGUUGAGGAAAACCAAGUCCUCACCCUGUGAUCCCACUUUUUUCCUGAGCUGUGCUCCCUGCAAUGUGAUCUUCUCCAUUAUCUUCCAUAAUCGUUUUGAUUAUAAAGAUCAGCAUUUUCUAAACUUACUGCGGAAAUUAAAUGAAAAUGUGGCUAUUCUGAGCUCCCCAUGGAUCCAGGUCUGCAACACUUUUCCUGUUCUCAUUGAUUAUUUCCCAGGGAGCCAUAAAACAUUCCUUAAGAAUGCUGCUGACACAAAACAGUAUUUUUUGGAGAAAAUAAAAGAACACCAAGAAUCUCUAGAUAUCAACAAUCCUCGGGACUUCAUUGACUAUUUCCUGAUUAAAAUGGAAGAGGAAAAGAACAAGCCACAGACUGAAUUUACCACUGAAGCCUUAGUAAGCCUUUUGAAUGAUCUGUUUGGAGCUGGAACAGAGACAACAAGCACUACUCUGAGAUAUGGACUCCUGCUCCUGUUGAAGCACACAGAGGUCACAGCUAAAGUCAAGGAAGAGAUUGACCGUGUGAUUGGCAGACACCGCAGUCCCUGCAUGCAGGACAGGAGCAGUAUGCCCUACACAGAAGCUGUCCUGCAUGAGAUCCAGAGAUACAUUGACCUUGUUCCAACCAAUACACCCCAUGCAGUGACCUGUGACAUUAAUUUCAGAAACUACUUCAUUCCCAAGGGUACAACCAUAAUAACAUCACUGACAUCUGUGCUGCAUGACAACAAAGAAUUCCCCAACCCAGAGAAGUUUGACCCUGGUCAUUUCCUGGAUGAGAGAGGCAAAUUCAAGAAGAGUGACUACUUCAUACCUUUCUCAGCAGGAAAACGUAUUUGUGCAGGAGAAGGUCUGGCCCGCAUGGAACUGUUCUUAUUCCUGACCACCGUUUUACAGAACUUUCACCUGAAAUCUGUGGUUGACCCAAAAGAUAUUGAUACCACCCCAGUUUUCAAUGGAUUUGUCUCUGUUCCACCGGCAUACCAAAUCUGCUUCAUUCCUGUCUGA